AUGACGAGCCGCAAUCAGGUUCUAUCAACGGCCGCCAUUGAACAAUCUAUCGACGAAGGUCAUAUCAUUGUCGUCCACGAAGGAUACGCCCUCAAGCUAGAUGGAUGGCUCGACAAACACCCUGGCGGUAGACUCGCUAUUUUACAUAUGGUCGGCAGAGAUGCGACUGACGAGAUCAAUGUCUACCACUCGAUGCGCACACUCCAACGCAUGAGGGCAUAUCGAAUCGGCCGGAUAGCUCAACCCUGGAGAAACUUGGAGCCGCCCAUUCGCCGCCCCGCCAUUCGUCAGUAUCACAACAACUCACACGAUGAGAAGAUCCAGAGAGACAUGGUUCUCGAUGAGAAAAAGGCCAUGUCGAUCAGGAACAAGGCAAAUGCUCUGAAGGCGGAGCACUUAUCCCGAAUGGCCUUCACCUCGGCGAUGGAGCAGAAGGAGAUUGCUGAAGGACUUGCCAGCAUGCCCUCGGUCGAUGAACAUACACAAAUGGCUAUCGCUAUGGACUUCCGUGCCCUCCAUGAGCGAGUCAAAAAUGAAGGCUUCUACGAUUGCCCGUACAUUGAGUAUGGCAAAGAGCUAAUUCGCUACUCGCUGCUCUUCGGUGCCUUCAUCUAUUUCCUCCAUGCUGAGUGGUACCUCACAUCUGCCUGUUUCUUGGGCAUGUUCUGGCAGCAGAUCAUGUUUACUGCUCACGAUGCUGGUCAUCGUGGCAUCACUGGCAAUUUUAUCGCUGACACUCUGAUUGGUGCUUUCAUUGCCGACUUCUGCUGUGGCCUUAGUAUUGGAUGGUGGAAGAGUUCGCACAAUGUUCACCAUCUCAUCACAAAUAUGCCAGAACAUGAUCCUGAUCUUCAGAACGUUCCUCUGUUUGCCACAUCGCCUACCUACUUUCGUUCUAUCUUGAGUACGUUCUACAACUUCACCUUUGUUUGGGAUGCUGCUGCCGACUUCCUUGUGCCUUAUCAGAAGUACACUUACUAUCCUGUUAUGGCGAUCGCGCGAUUCAAUCUGUAUCUUUUAUCCUGGCUCCACCUCAUGUCACCUCGCGCUGCCAACCUGGGUUCUGCUUGGUGGACUCGACCUGUCGAAAUCCUCUUUAUGGCCGGCUACUGGACAGUCUUCGGCUACGGACUUCUCUGGUGUACACUACCCACCUGGCCUAUCAGAGUUGCAUUCGUGCUCAUCUCACACUGCAUCACUAUGCUUUUGCACGUGCAAAUCACCCUCAGCCAUUGGGGUAUGCCAACCGCAGAUCUCGGACCUACCGAGAGCUUUCCUCAGCGUCAAUUACGCACCACUAUGGACAUUUAUUGUCCCGCCUGGUUGGAUUUCUUGCAUGGAGGUUUGCAGUUUCAAGCUAUCCAUCACUUGUUUCCUCGUGUGCCUCGUCACAAUUUGAGAAGAUUGCAGGUCUUGGUACGUGAGUUUUGCGACAAGACGACCAUCAAGUAUGAGUGUUAUGGCUUUGUCGAGGGUAAUCAGGUUGUUUUGAGUAGGUUGGAAGAAGUAGGCAAGAUGGUGGAGACGCUAGUCAAGUGUCAGAAGUUUAUGGCUGAGACUGGAGAAAGUGGGCUUCAUUAG